GGUGUCAUAAAUUUUCCAGUUGUCAUUGGCAAAAAAAUAUAUUGACAGUAUUUAUAUAUGUAAUUUUAAUUGUUAAUUAUUUAGAAAUAAUUAAAUUUAAACAACUGUCAAAAAACUGCUGUGAUUUUUUGAAUUUUUAAAUGAAAGAUAUUUUUACCGUUACGAGUUAUUAUUUAUAAAUAAUGAACACUGAAGAUCAUUCAUUGGUUCUGAUACGUCAAGAAAUAGUUAAAAAUCAUCUUCAAGUAACAGCAAUUAUUCAGGAUAUUCAACAAUGCACUGGACCACUAGAAUUAUUGAACGAAUUGAAUGCCGAAGGAAGAACAAAAAUAUCCGAGCUACGUAACAGCAUCGAAAAAUUAGUACAAUUAGCAGAGACUGAAAUAAAUAUUAAAAAAAAAGCAGAGCUGAUGUCAGAAGUUGAAAAACGUAAAAGUCAGUUAGUGUUCGCCUUGGCGGCUUUCAAAAAAGCAAAUAUCGUUGGCGCUUGUGUUAUUGAUAAAAUGUCAAAAGACGAAUUGAUGAACACGUCAGAGGAACAGCAAAGAAUGUUACGAAAAAGACGAGAUAAAAGAGGUCUCGCUGAUACUGCGAGUCUUGCUACUGAUAGACUGAUGAGUAUUUCAAGAACGCUGGCCGAAACGAGCCAAAGAAGUGCUGAUACUUUGGACACUCUGUUAAUUUCAUCAGACAAAGUUAAUGGAACGAAAAACGAAUUGGAGCAACAGCAACAAGCAAUUAUAUUAUCAGGAAAACUUUUAGGGAAAUACGGGAGAAGAGAAAUAACAGAUAAAGCAUUACUAGCAUUGGCCUUUAUAUUUUUUAUCGCCUGCGUAUUUUAUAUUUUACAAAAAAGACUUUGGUAAAUAGAUUAUCGAUAGUUAGAAAAAUGAAGGUGAUCCUGGUACUGAUGUUUCUGCUAGCAUGUGGGUCAGCAGUCCCGCUGUUCGAACGUUUGUUUGCUGGUUACCGGUCUUCACUCCCAAAUAAUUAUGAACCCAAACGAAAGAGCAAAGGCGGCGGUAAGGAACGAUGGAAGGAAGUCUGCAGAACAAUAAAUCCAGUUGGCUUUGCAUUUCCUGGACAAGUGCCUUAUGCCGCUUGUCCCUGGUGAAAGUUCAUACCGGGUUCAUCAUUAUUUAAAUAAAAUAACCAAUUAAAUAAUAAUAAUAAUAUAAAUAACAAUUAUUAAUAUAUAUAUAUAUAUUGUGAUAAAUUACUUGUUCAAAAUAUUAUUAUUUUUAUUGUACAAACAAAUUUUAAUUAAAAUAAAAGAAUUUCUUUUUUGUAAAUGUAA